AUGCCUGUGCUUGGCUCCCAGAGGCGGCUGCUGGGUUCCCUUAACUGCACGCCUCCAGCCACCUUCCCCCUCAUGCUGGCCCCCAACCGGACGGGGCCCCAGUGCCUGGAGGUGUCCAUCCCCAACGGGCUCUUUCUCAGCCUGGGGCUAGUGAGUCUCGUGGAGAAUGUGCUGGUGGUGGCUGCCAUCGCCAAGAACAGCAACCUGCACUCCCCCAUGUACUACUUCAUCUGCUGCCUGGCCGUGUCCGACCUGCUGGUAAGUGUCAGCAAUGUGCUGGAGACAGCGGUCAUGCUGCUGCUGGAGGCCGGUGCCCUGGCCGCCCGGGCAGCUGUGGUGCAGCAGCUGGACAAUGUCAUCGAUGUGCUUAUUUGUGGCUCCAUGGUGUCCAGCCUCUGCUUCCUGGGCGCCAUCGCUGUGGACCGCUACAUCUCCAUCUUCUACGCCCUGCGGUACCACAGUGUCGUGACACUGCCCCGGGCGUGGCGGAUCAUUGCGGCCAUCUGGGUGGCCAGCAUCCUCACCAGCCUGCUCUUCAUCACCUACUACAACCACACGGUCGUCCUGCUGUGUCUCGUUGGCUUCUUCAUAGCCAUGCUGGCCCUCAUGGCCGUCCUCUACGUCCAUAUGCUGGCCCGGGCGUGCCAGCAUGCCCGGGGCAUCGCCCGGCUCCAGAAGAGGCAGCGCCCCAUCCAUCGGGGCUUUGGCCUCAAGGGCGCUGCCACCCUCACCAUCCUGCUGGGCGUCUUUUUUCUCUGCUGGGGCCCCUUCUUCCUGCACCUCUCGCUCAUCGUCCUCUGCCCCCAGCAUCCCACCUGUGGCUGCAUCUUCAAGAACUUCAACCUCUUCCUGGCCCUCAUCAUUUGCAACGCCAUCGUGGACCCCCUCAUCUACGCCUUUCGCAGCCAGGAGCUCCGGAAGACACUCCAAGAGGUGCUGCAGUGCUCCUGGUGA